AUGAAAUGUAAUCAGAACUGUUUAAAAAAUGCUGGUAAUCCACGUGAUAUGCGCCGAUUUCAAGUUGCAAUAUCAUCAACACAUGCAAUUGAACGUAAAUUACUCUGUAUAUCAGAUAAUAUGUUUGUGCAUAAUAAUUCAAAACAUGGACGUCGUAUUCGUCGAACAGACUCCAUUGAUGGUGUUUACUCAACUAUAAGUCCAGUGAUUAAAGCACUUAGUCCAAAUGAAGGAUGGGUUACAGGUGGUGAAACGAUUACUGUGAUUGGUGAGAAUUUUUUCCCCGGUCUACAAAUUGUUUUUGGAUCAACUGCUGUAUGGGGUGAAUUGAUUACACCACAUGCUCUACGUGUUAGUACUCCACCAAGACAUUUAUCUGGUGUAGUUGAAGUGACAUUAGCAUUUAAAAAUAAAACAUUCUGUAAAAAUAAUCCAGGCAGAUUUGCUUAUAUUGCAAUGACAGAUCCUACAAUUGAAUAUGGUUUUCAAAGAUUAUGCAAAAUUAUUCCACGUCAUCCAGGUGAUCCAGAACGUUUACCACGUGAAAUCAUCUUAAAACGUGCUGCAGAUUUAGCCGAAGCAUUAUAUACAAUGCCUAAUCGUGGUGGUAUUGGAUUUCGAUCACCACAUUUACAACUAGCUUCACAAUCACUACAACCAACAUCAUCAUUAUCAUCCUCUAUAUUUUGUACUAAUCAAGAAGAAACAGAAGAGAGAGCAGAAGAAGAAGAACGUCAUCAACAACAUUCACAACAUCUAACAGACAGUAAUCAAAAUUUAGACAAUCGAUGUACAUCAUCUUCAAAUAAUGUUAAUAAUAACAAUAAUACUAGUCAUAUUUCAUUAUGUCCUAAUGUUUCCUCAGUGCAAAUGGGAUCAAUGAAUAGUUUUCUAGCACUAACUGGUCAAAAUGGUAUUAAUUUUUAUCCAUAUGGAAUAACAACAUCAACGACAACAUCAGCAGCAGCGCCAUCAAUUCUAUCAAAUUUGGAGUUAAAUGAACAUCGUGACAACUUGUCAGCUUUACAUGAUUCUAGAAUUAGUUUACAUAAAGCUUUUUAUACAUUUGAUAGAAAAGAUGUUGAUAAUGUAAUAUCAAGCGGUUAUUGUUGUUGUACUACAACUGGUACAUCAACAACCACAACAAUGGCAACAACAACGACAACAGCACAUUUAAUCCAUUCCAAUUCUAAUUCAACAUCUAUUAUAAAUGAUGAUAUUAUUGGUAUGAGUCAAAGUAGUCCUGAAAGUGGUACAGUCACUAGUAAUAGUAGUGGUGGUCUAGAAAGUGUACAAAGUGAUAUGAAUUGUUUAGAUAAUAUAAAUCAUCAUAAUUCUCCAACAAAUUCAAAUAAUGAUGAAUUACAAAAUUCACUAAACUGUCAUCAUCAUCAUCAACAACAAUCCCAUUCACAUCGUCAGUCACAAUUGAAUCUUCAUCGAAAUCAGCAUGGAUUUGAAGAUAUUGUCGAAGAUGAUAAUGAAGAAGGCGAUAACAAUGAUAAUAAUAAUAAUAAUAAUACUCAUGAUCAUUUAAAUAAUCAUAGAUCAUGUUUAAUGUUAAGUAAUAAAAAGUUGAAACAGUCAAAUAUUUACACAGAAUCUGUUAACCAUAAUCAUCAUCAUCAUUAUCAUCAUCAUCCAUUGAAGAGGUUACGUUGUGAUUGGUCAAUAGAAGAGAAACAAAUGAAUGAAACUAGACAACGACAAGAAAUAUAUGAUGUAAUAAAAAUGCCAAAUGAUUCAUUUCAAACUAUUACACGUAAUAUAGCACCAUUUUUAAGGCAUAUCAAUGAUGAAAUGAAUUAUAAUGUUAAUGUUCUACCUGAAAUGAAUUCAUCAAUAAUGAAACAUCAUGAUAAACCAUUAAUCACUACAUCUUUAAAUACAGAUUUUGCACCGAAUUUAAAUCCUUCUUAUCAUGUAUCACAAGCAAAUAUAUUAGAUUCAAAUAAUGAUAAUUGUUUAUUGAAAUCAGUUAAUACAAAUGAAAUAACUGAGUACAAUGAACAUAGAAUUAAAACAAGUAACAAUGUCAAUCAAUCAAUUUGUCCACAAAUUACAUCCUAUUCAAAAUUUAAUAAGUCAUCAUCUCUUUAUGAACAUAAUAGAGAUCGUCAUCAGAUACCACUUUCAAAAUCAACUUGUAGAUUACCAUCAAGUGAGUUAACUUCUAUGGUUGAAAAUAAAACGACAGAUGAUAAUUCAUGGACUGGACCAUCAUAUAACUUACAGCAUUUAUCAACAUCGUUAAUUUAUCUAGCAGAUAACUAUACAGAUCAUGAUAUAGAAUCAACAUCAUCUUUAUGUUCUACAACAGAAACACUAUCUUCAAUAAAAAAUUCAAUUAACACUCCAUCAUCAAUAUCAUCUAUUAGAACAAGAACAAAUUCUGUACAAUCACCUAAUCAUGAACAUCAAAUUCAUUUGAUGCAAAGAAUAAAAUUAAAUGAAGCAUCAAAACCUAUAAAUCAUAUGUUUCAUUCAACUCCAACAUUAUCUUCACCUUUAUCUUUAUCAGGUUCCAUCUCUUCCUCCUCUUCAUCCUCCUCCUCAUCAUCAUCAACGUCAUCGGCUACGACUAUUCAUGAGUCAAUGAUAAGUAAAGAAACUGUUAUGGAUUCUUCAAGUCCAAUUAUACAAUGGUCAAAAUAACCAAGGGAUAAUCGUUAACCAAAUGAAAUGACGACAACACAUAUACAGUUCAAAGAGAAGCUACACUGCACAACAUUUAUUUAUUACUGUUAUUAUCUUCAUUAAAUAACCCCCCUCUUUUAAAAACAAACAAACAAAUACCCUGAACAAAAUUAAUCGUCAACUGACUAAAUCAUUCAUUCUUUAUUCAUAUGUGCAUGUGGGUGUGCGUGUGUCCAAUCAACUUAAUAUCGAGUUCAAUGUAUUCUCAUCAUUUCAAUCCCAACACUGAUAUCAACAAAAAAAAGGCGAGACUAUAAUUUAUGAACGAACCAAUCAGAUUUAUGACAACAGGUCUUGGAUUUCGACGCGAAAUUCUUUAUCUAUUUGACAUUAUAGCCGAUGUCAGUUCGUGAUGAAAACGCAAAAUCUAAUUCCUAACCUUAACCAUCAACUGUAAAUCACAAUUUUUAUCCUUCACACAGGUUUAAAAUCCUCAUUUAGCCCUAGUCAGUUGGUGAACAUUCUUAAGGUCACUUUGGCGUCGUCUAAAGGUCGUCCAUACAUUAUAGUCCCAUCAUAAAAAAUAUCAAAGAUAUCUAAUCUAAAAAUUUAAUCCAUACACAUUGACUUGUAGUUAAAAAGAAUCAAAAAGUUUUUUCUUUCAUAAUUACUAUGACAUAAUGAUCUUAAUUUUUGGCUUUCUUUUGUACAGUG